AUGUGCGACGUGCUCCUAAAGGCCUUGCCGGCGUACAUAGUUGUCGGCUAUCACAGAAGUGCGAAGCAGGCAACGCGGACUUCUUCGGCAUCCUCAGAUGGUUCUGAGGCAAGAUCUGACGACUCGGAAGUGGAGCUUACACAAAUCCUGGAUUAUCUCUGUGUUGAAAUAGAGAGCCGUGAGAGGUGUGGUUUCACUGAUGAUAGUGCGAGAGAUACGACCCGAAAGGGAACUGGCGCACGCCCUGCACAAAAGACGAAGGCUAGGAUCCCGGCAGCAGCUGUGCUCCACACCAGCACUAAGGUGGCAACACAGUGUUUCUUCUGCAAGUCAUCGACGCAUGCUGCGGAAAACUGUCGGUCAUCCUUAACCAUAGAGGAGAAGAGGAAACGGCUGUCGAGCGACAUGCGGUGUUUUAUAUGCACGCUUAGAGGCCACAGGGCAAGGGACUGUCGUCGAAGGAUUACUUGUGCAACCUGUAACGGGCGUCAUGCGACGUCCAUGUGUGACCCUUCUCGGAAGUCCACGGCACAGAAAGACGACAGCGUCGAAAGUGUCCAUCUCUAUGCGUCGAAUGAAGGAAAAACCCGCCACACGGACUGUGAUGUGCUCCUCCAGACAUUCCGUGCUUGGGCUGUGACCGACACGGACUGCGCCUAUUUGCGAGGCGUCAUCGAUGGUGGCAGUCAAAAAACGUUUGUCAGGGAGGACGUCUCUCGAAAACUGGAACUGCCUGUGUUAAGAGAAAUCGACCUGCGACUGAGCACCUUCGCUGACAAUGCACCAGCGCCAAGCCAACGUCGCAAUGUAGUGCGACUCAAGCUGAGAAGCCAGUUCGACCAAACGGAGGUGACACUCGAAGCUAUCGAGAUUCCGUUCGUUUGCAGGGACAUGGCACAGAUUCCGACCCAGUGUUCGUUGGUCGCCCAGCUGAGGGAGUGCGGAAUGGACAUCGCCGACAGAGUCAUGUUUCCAAGCGUUCCUCGAGAGACAGGACUAUCGGUGCUCAUCGGCUCAGACCAGCUUUGGAAGAUCGUAAAAGGGAACGUGCAACACGACCAAAACAACAGUGCGAUGGCUGCCAUCAACACCUCGUUGGGAUGGACUUUUCAGGGGCCCACCAAAACCAGGAGCUCGGUAUCCGAGCAGAGCGACACCCUGAUUUGCGUUCUACGCACUGCCGUCGAAAUCGAGGACAACACAUCGUUGGCAUUGCGACGUUUCUGGGACCUGGAGCAUCUUGGAAUUACUGAUAACCCGACACCAGACCGAGAUGACCAAGCACUCAUGGAGCGCUUUGAAGGCUCGAUCGAGUUCCAGGACGGGCGCUAUCGAGUGAAUCUACCCUUUAAACAACAACCCAGGGUAGACUUACCGAGCAACAGAGGGGUAGCGCUCGAACGCAUGAAGCGCAUGAGCACGAGACUGGCGUGA